AUGCGAAUAGAGAAGCAGUACAAGCCAGUAUAUGCUUCCUACUACAGCACAGGGAAGAACGCUCGACAACACGAACGAGAUGUAUACCCACAUCAUCAAUCAAACCAAUAUAUCCAUAUAGCCCAAUUUAGUUUAGUACUCCGAACACUAAGUAGUCUCCUAUCAUAUCAACCUGAUAGACAAAGUACUGCCGGCAGUACUCACACCGCUCGCAAUCUACUUGCACCGCAGCAUCACAGUAUCCUAUCCUAUCUUUUCCCACAAACAGAAACCAAUUGCUGUACCAGCUUAAGUUCAAAAUGGAUUCUCAACCGUCAUCGAAAGCGCUUCAUUACCGAAAGUACCAGCCACACCUCCACGGCCGUCGAGACAUACCAGCUAGACGUGGAAUCCACAGCGUUGGUCCGCGCAGCAGAAGACAUCCUCGCCCUGACCCGGACAAUGAAAGAAACCUGGUUAUUCGGGAAACUCGACACACUAGGCGAAGACGAAGCGGACGUGAAACGUCGCGAGGAAUUAGAGAUGAAUGCGGAGGCGAUUCAGAAGGCCAUUGAAGAUGGGGGGUUUUUGAAGGCUGCUAAAAUGCCCCCUAAGCUACAGUUAGACCGAUCAAUAUCCGGUAGAUAG